AUGAAGAAGCAGAGGAUCAUAGUCCGGGGCACCUAUGUUUUUCCCCUGCUUGAUUCAGUCCUCAAAGACCCCAAAUACAUCCGCUACCCAGAUGCUUUUUAUCCACAGCACUUCUUGGAUGAGCAGGGCUGUCUCAAGAAGAAUGAAGCCUUUGUUCUUUUUUCCUCUGGAAAUCGCAUCUGCCUGGGCGAGGCCAUGGCAGGAAUGGAACUCUUUCUCCACUUCACCUCCAUCUUUCAGAACUUCUCCCUGUGUCCACUGGUGCUGCCCACAGACAUCGACAUCACCUCCAAAAUCUCGGGAUUUGGCAACAUUCCCCCACCUAUGAGCUCGGCCUGGUGGCCCGCUGCGCGCCCCCUGUUGGGCUCAUAA